AUGGGGAAGUCUACAUCACUGAAGGUUGUCUCAACGACUGCCAACAAGGCGGGCGGGUCCACACCCAAAUCGGUUUCUGUCGCCAAAAAGAGCGGAAAGAAAAGAUUGGAAAAUGCAUCUGCAGUUGAUUUACGUCAACCUAAGGACAGGGAUCCUACUGUCAACAAUGAUUUGGAGAUUCGAGAGCUGAUCGCAUCUCUCCCACCACUGAUUGACUUUGGGUUAUCUACUCACGAAUUGAUUGCUAUCGGGUACGACUAUAAUUCAACUAAGAUUUUGUUUGGUAACUCCAUUUACAAUCAAUGGAUGGAAGAACAUAAUGAUCGGUGGACCCAAGCGCUCCCAAGGUUUGACAGCCCGUUUAAGGACCUCUACGCUAAUUAUUCAGUUGAAGUAAGGGUGAACAUGCUAUUCGCUCAAUAUGCGAACGAUUGGCGACGGGUGUUGAAAUUCCUAAUUUCGCUUUUUGACGAUGACGCCUUGGGAAACUCCCCUUUGGAUCGACUCCCUCAAUCAAGUCAAGGGCCCUUUGUCGUAAUGCCUCAGCUGCAAGCAGCCGUACUGCGAUGUUUCCAAAUCGCAUUUUGA